AUGAAAGCUAACUCUCAGCCUCAUUUGUCCCCGUCAGGUACUCGUUGCAUGGCAAGAUGUACUGUAGUUGGUGGUGGCUUAUCAGGCCUUUCAACGGCAUAUUUGCUGUCGCGUUUGCCACAGAGUCAAGUUAGCCAUGUCUUUGUUUACGAAGCAAAUAAACACUUCGGUGGUUGCUUUCUAACCGGUCGAAACCCCCGUACUGGGGCUUUGCAUGACCUUGGUCCACACAGUGCCCGCAUUGCUGCGCCCUCAUCAAGUCCUCUCCUGCGCAUGGUCUCCAGUCUCGGAUUCACUUGCGGCGAAGUUUUCUGGCUGCCCCCAUUAAAACGCUAUAUCUACGCCGCUGGGGCACUUAGACCAAUCAGCCUCUUCUCACUUAAGACCAAACCUCCGUUCACGCGUUCACACCUGGCUUUGUUCACUCGUCGGGCUUUAACUAAGGGCCCGGGUCCUCUCAAAGGCGAUAUCUCCGUUGAUGAAUAUCUUAGGACUCGCUUUGACGAUGAAUUCGCAGAAUAUCUAGGAAGUGCACUAAUGCGCGGUGUCUGUGGUGUUGAUUCUAAACUAGUUAGUGCCUCAGCCUUUCUGAAUCAUUUGAUUCAAUGGGAAAAAGAAGCUCCGAAUGUAGUGAUUGGAGCUGCCAAGAAUAUAGUAAUGGGUAAAGUACGCUCUCUAUAUCCUACCAAGAGGAAUGAUGUUUCACUUCAUACUAUCGACGCUCUUCUACCACCACUGAGUGAAAACAUUGCUCCACCCUCGAAUGCGAAUGUUCUCAGCUUCGCUGGUGGAAUGCAAGUUCUCACAAAUCGUCUUGCUAAGACGCUAGGCGAACAACCCAACGUGACACUCCGAAAGGGAGCCUGCCUAGAUUUGGUUGAGAGUGGACUCGUGUCAUCUUACCAAGUGAAAGCUGAUGCCGUCUUCAUCUGCACGCCUGCCCAACAAAUGGGUUUACUUCUGGAAAGGAAAACCUUUAUCCCACCCAAUAUAACAAAACUGUUGAGUCCUCAAAUCUUCUCAGCCGCUAAUGUCGCCGUUGUGGCUUUGGAAUUCGAGAUUCCCAAUGUACGGCUUCCUCAGGGAUUCGGGCACUUACUGCCAUUGUGUGAGGAUGACACUGUUAUGGGUGUUAUCUAUGAUAGUUGCUCUUCUCCGUUAAUGGAUGGGAAGAUCUUGAAGAAUGCAACACAGAGAACUACCCGUUUUACAGUUAUGCUCGCCCCACGAGCUGCUUGGUUGAAAGCCACUGCCAAUGAGACUUCUUUCAACAUUGAACAUAGUCUGCGUAAUGAAAUGAUUAAGAUUGGCAUCAAUGCCUUGAGAAAACACCUUAGUUUACAGGUGAAGGAGCCGUGCUUCGCACAUGUGGGCAUAUGGGCCAAUGCCAUUCCCACCUAUCCGGUGGGUCACUUGGAGAAUGUACGCUCGAUCCGAAAUGCUAUCAACGAUCGAUUAGGCCCCGAAUCUAAUCGAACAUUGCAACUUGUUGGAAGCGCUGUAGACGGAGUUGGUGUUAGUGACUGUGUCAAAAGUGCCGUGAAAGCUGUGGAGGACUUCUCCAAGCAAUUCGCUGUAUAG